GUCAAACUGUCGCCCCAAGUCUCUCAGAGAGCACACAGUCCUCCGCUGUCUCCUGUAUGAUGUCUCCCGUCGCUGCCCGCCUGCUGCUCCUCGCCUGCUUGGCUUUACCUCUGUACGGCGUGGAAAAGGUGAGAAACAGAGGAUACCGAAAGGAUCCUGACGCUGAGAAGUGCACUGGAAAUGAUGCAGAAAAGCCCAACUGCACUAGGCACUCUGGAGAAGGAAGAUCUUCUUAUUUGAACAACAUGUAUGGCAGCUGCAUGCAGGGGCCUGCAGGCACCCCUGGCAGAGACGGUAACCCCGGGGCCAACGGCAUUCCGGGGACGCCGGGCAUCCCUGGCCGUGACGGGCUCAAAGGUGAGAAAGGCGAGUGCAUUAGCGAGAUCUUCGAGGAGCCCUGGAGGCCCAACUACAAGCAGUGCGCCUGGAACUCUCUGAAUUAUGGGAUCGACCUGGGUAAAGUAGCUGACUGUACGUUCACUAAGCUGCGCUCAGACAGCGCCCUCAGAGUCCUCUUCAGUGGUUCCCUCAGACUCAAGUGUAAGAGCGCAUGCUGCCAGAGAUGGUACUUUACCUUCAACGGAGCGGAGUGCACAGGACCCCUGCCCAUAGAGUCAAUCAUCUACUUAGACCAGGGAAGUCCAGAGCUCAACUCAACCAUCAACAUCCACAGAACGUCCUCAGUUGAAGGCCUGUGUGAGGGCGUCAAAGCAGGGUUGGUGGAUGUGGCCGUGUGGGUGGGGACCUGUGCAGACUAUCCCAGAGGCGACGCAUCUACAGGCUGGAAUUCAGUAUCCAGGAUUAUCAUUGAGGAACUGCCUAAAUAAAUAAAUUUAAAAAAAAAACAGUCCUGGUAGUAUAAAAGUAUGUUAUCUGACCCUCCAAAAUGAUCAGGUGUGGUUUUUGCUGAGGCAUUACAGCGUCACUGAUAGUAACUUGAAUGUUUUUUUUGUUUUGUUAAAAUACUAUGCUAGAUGACAGGCCUAUAAACAAGAAUACUGUGUCAUUCUGUCCACCAGAAAUAAACGUUGUACUGUAGCUUUUCUGCUCGUGGGUGCUCUUAGAGCUCGGUAACCAUUUAACAGACACUGACAAUAUUUAAACUAUGUAUUCAUGUGACCUGUUUAUAUUCACUAUUACUGUUAAUAAAGUAAAAUCCUUUUUUUAAAGAAUUU